AUGGCUGCAGAGUCAGAGAGGCCGCCUCACAUCAACGGUGCCUCUGUUCGAUCCAGAGGGCCCAAGGAUGCAGAGGCAGCGUCAGACCCAGUGUCACGGUCGGCCAGCGAAAAUGGCAUAACCGAACAGUCCAUCAUUAAGUCCCAAACUCAGCCUAUGUCACAGAUUCCUAAUCUUUCCCCCAAUAUUCGUACCGCCGCUUCAACACCUGCGUCUGCCACGAAUUCUGCCGUUUCCUCACGCGAACCCUCUCCGGUCCGAUUAUCCUCGCGUGCUCUCAAUUCCUCCUCCACGAGCCGAGUAUCUUCACAAUCCCGGAAGGCUAGUCAAGACCGAUCCGUUCCAACCAGACAUUCCAACGGCAUUACAUCUGACCCAAUUUCAAACUCAUCAACUCCGAACCACCAACGCUCCUCCUCAUCUCCCGUCAAACCUCUCGUCCUCUCCGCCCCUGUCGACUCGCAAGCCAAUGUUUCCGGUCCAGAAACAUCCAACAUGGUACCAUGGGCUACGGACCGUCGCACAGAUCUGGAUUCAACACUCCCCAAUACUUCACAGAAGAGAUCUUCAUUACCGUUGGAGGACAUUACACCAAAGUCAGACCGAAGUACAACUCGAACGGCCGGUAGGGGUGUCAGUGGGCAGGGGUUCUCCUUGGAGACGGUUGAAGAGUUGGCGAGCAAUCCCACCACACCGUGUAGUGAGAGCCCUGCCAAGCCGAUGACUCCAGUGGAGUCACGACUACAGCGGAUAGAGGAAGAUCAGACUCCACGUGCUGCCACUACUCACCCAAACACAGGCAGCGGCAGUGACAGUGGCGAGAAUCGAAGCGCGGAGCCAAAGGAAGAGGCUCGUCCACAAGCGUCUGGAUCCAAGACCCCCAAAGCCCUCAUGCCACAACGAUCAACAACAUCCCUUAGUGCUGGCGCUCGUGGAAAGCCUGCCGACGGCUCGGUUCGCAACAUGAUUGUGGAAACAGAGACCGUCAGUUCGAUACCGCAGGUCUCCAUGGGAGUGGGAAAUGGGGAUCGAGGCAGCGUAGCCCGCUCCGAACAGGGGACACUUCGCGGCAAAGCUUCCAACGAGACUAUACGUCCGCGCAAGACAAAGAAAAAGCCUCAUCGACCGAGUACCAUUGCAUCUGGCCCCGUAACAAGCAAGGCAGACAUCUUCGAGGCUAGGGUGGCCAACGCAGUGGACGAGGCUGAUGUUUCGGAUUCCGACGAGACUUUCGUCUAUGAUUCGAAUCCGCCUGAUCCAUAUCCUGCCCGACACCAACGGUAUCAUUCUCGGACCCCCAGUGCGACAUCGAUGGCGAGUCAAGUGGACCAGCUGGCUGGCCGCACCCGCAAAGCACGGGAUGCUUCCCAUGCUUUGUCAGUCAAACGCAGCAUGAAGUUCACCAACAACAACGGCCCAGAUAGCGAGACUUUUGAAUCCGAGGGAGCUUCGCGAUCUACCAGGACUGAUGGCAACGGAACUAUCACCCCCCGGCAUCACCAUGUUGGUCGUCACGGACGUACGUCGAGCCAUCUUGAUAGCGACUCCACGUUCACACACCCCCAAUUCCAGAAGUCUCCACGCCAAUUCCUCAACAAUACGUAUCGGCAUUCGCGUUACAUAAAUUCUCGUUCAUCUCCCGACUAUAGGACCAUCAGCGGUGUUAGGAAGGGCGGCGAGCAUCCCUAUGAUUUCGAAGCGGAGGGUGCAGAUGACGAACGUACCCCGUUGGUCGGCACGCCACGUUCAAUGUACAGUCGCCAUGGCCGCCGACCCAACAGUGCAAGCUUACGACAGAUGGAGUACAUGGCACAACGGCACCGUGGGCUCUUCUCCCGAUUUGGCUCAUGCGCUGUGAUCGUCCUACUCGUGUCGGUUGUCGCAGCUGGUGCUACCACAUUCAUCAUUGCUGCAACUCAGCCCCUUCUCGACGUGCAGGCCAUUGCGAUCCAGAACGUACUUGCGUCGGAACAGGAAAUCAUGCUGGACCUGAACGUGCAAGCCGUCAAUCCGAACCUUUUUCCCGUGACCAUUGAUGAGACUGAUCUCAACAUCUUCGCGAAAAGCCGAUUUGUCGGAAGCGACAAGUUUUGGCGCGAGCAUGGUGACCUGGAUCAUUUCCCACGCAUCGAGCAGAGUCGACGUCGCUGGCAGUUGUCGCGGGCCGUGCGGUGCCUGGGAAAUGCUGACUGUAUGGAGAACUCGGCUCCAAGCGAGUCUGACCUGCACGCCACUGAUGGAGUUGACGAGGGCACCGAUCCUCCAACCGACCCAGAAGGCGAUCCGCGAUCGAUGUUACUUGGCCGCGUAUUCCACUUUGAUUCUCCACUUUCUUUCGAAUCCUCCCCUUGGAACCAUCUCACAUCAAGCUCCAAGGGACAGAUUCGUCUGUCCCGGCCAGGCAACAAGACUGAGGCAGGGGGGACCGAGCGCUGGGAGCGCGUUCUUGAACACCCAUUUGAAUUGACUGUCCGCGGCAUCAUCAAAUACCAACUUCCACUCAGCUCUCGCUAUCUCUCUGCCUCUGUCAUCUCCACCAUAAAGAUAGUUCCGGGGGAGGAGAAUGGUCCGGAACAAACACCUUCAACACCUCCAAGCAACGAGACAGUGCGAAUUGAUCUGAGGCGGCCUUCUGAUCGCCUUCCACUCCUUGACACUCGUUCCACCGGGCCUAGCUCGGAGGCUUCGAGACGACCCUUUACGGCCUAA